AUGCUAUCCAAUACUCUGGAACUACAAUUGCCACCGCUUUGCCCAGAACGCACGGCAGUUCAGCUGUCAUCAUUACGCAGAGGGAUCAUUCAACCCCAGGAGGUCGAGAGUGUCAGAGCCUGCAAGUGCUCUGAAAACCCCACAAUCAUGCCGCUUUUGACUCUCGACAAAGACCUUCGCUUUUUCUACAACAUCUUCUCGCCCAAAGGCAGCGUCCUCGAUACAUCGAAACCAACAGUUUUGCUUUUGCACCCUGUCUUCUUUGAUCAGACGUUCUUCGCUCCUCAGUAUACGGACGACGAGAUGGCGGAGAAGUUCAACCUGAUCCUCCUCGACCACCACUAUCAUGGUGGUACUCAGACUACACUAGACGAUGAAAAAUACGAUUUUGAUCUGACUGCCGAGUAUCUCGGCCAGCACAAGGACAUGCUAGAUACUGUCUUGGACAGCGGGGAUGAUCUAGAAGAGACCCUACCACAAACUGAAAAUGAUCCUCGUUUCGCUUCUCUCGAAACAGAGGAACGCCAUGAGGCAUUCAUGGCCACCAACCAGAUUCAACCCAAGAAUCGUCGGCUCCUUACCAAGGCUUACUCCGCGGUGUUCGAUGAAACCGCACCACCGGCAUCAAACUGGCCCCGAAUCAAGAUUCCAGUGCUUAUAGCACAUGGAGGACAAUUACAAUUUGUUAUCAGAAGCAACAAUGAGGGAGCUGCAUAUCAUCCGUUUUGGACCACAUUACUUCACCGCGACGGUACCCGCCCUCUUCAAUCCUAUUUUCCUAGAAUUUAUCAAGAAAGCAACAAUCGUCUAAUAUUUAGGAGGAAUUAUAACCUCGGGUCUCUUUUCAUCGUUUGUGCCGGCAGCAAUGUCAACAAACACGCUCAGGUUAUCGGUGAUUUAUUUACGGAAUUGGCACAAGGCCCUUCCGGACCAGCUAUAUCUAACUUUUGUAUCAUCACCCAGCCUGCUACCAUUGUAUGGGCGGGCAAUGAAGAUGAGUCGGUAACGACCAUUGCCUAA